AUGCCCGCCAAUGGGUUCACGUACAUCGGUGUGGACGGCCGCUCCCACCAACCUCAUCAACCUCUUACGCUGAACAACGGCGCACCCGCACACCACCUAAAUAAUGGUUCCUUACGUUCUCUACCGGAUAAAAAAAAUAACCGCAACGGCGUUGUCUGCCACCCUGAAAACUUCCAGAGAAAUCUCGACACCCGCUAUUCCAGAAAGCAGGAAAAUGGGUAUAUGCGAAACUCAGAGACCGUAAUGGGGUUUCCUCGAGAUCGCGACAGAGACUACGAGCGAGAACUGCCGGACUAUAGUGAACCGGAGUACUCUACUAUUCAUGAGGGCUACGGAAGACCGACGGAUGACUAUCCGCGAUCCUGCAGUCAUUCCAACACCUUCAAUUGUUGA